AUGAUCUACUUUUCCCCACAUGGAGAAACUUUCCCGCAAAGCGCAUUUGCAUUCAACAUUCAGGAUAGCACAGCGUCCCACGUGCUGAGCAGCACACCAGCAAAGGACCAGCGGUCGAUGCAAUUACCCUUUCAAAUAACCCCUGGACUCGAAUAUCGGAGCGAAAAUGGUGGAAAAGCCAUGAACUAUUUUCGCCAGGCUGUCAAGAUCCUCGGCUCCGUAUUCAGUCUUGAUCCGUCCCAAGUCUGCUCAGCUGAUCAUCUGAAUCAGGAUAUACUGAUCCGCGCCGUUUUGGAAGGGUGGCAUAUACUGCAACAUGAGAAUAAUGUGUGUCCUCUCUGGGCUAUUGUUCGGGAGAUAGAUGCGGGCAUCAACAUUCGCAGUGGAUUUGCGACUAGACUCGCCAUGUUGCGUGGAAUGCACCAACUUUUACUUGUAAAUGGUCCAUUUCUAUUUGGCAUACAGAGGACUUACAUCAACAGUGUUUCAUAUUUCCAGACUAUAUUGAAGCUUUACCAGCAUGGUAUCGGCCAAGGCAAGUUUGGCUUCCAUUUUGAUUCCUACAAUUCUCCGGUCUCUAACCAUCUCCAGCAGACCCUCUCAAACUUUGGUGUCCCAUGA